AAACAAACAAAACAAAACUACCAUCCCGAUUUUAGAGAGUGACCACUCGACAGGCUAGAAGUCAGGACUGAAACUCAAACAGAUAUUACCAUUUUUAUCUUAAAUUGUGAAACUAAAAGCAGUUUGAUUAGAAGACGAAUUACAACAAAAUUGGUUUUCAUUAGGCGAAGACCAAGAUUUAGAACCAAUACUGUUCGAUCAGAUUAUUCAUCUUCAUCACCAUUUUUCUCUUUGAUCUUCAAGUAGUUCUUAUCAUUCUUAUCUAUAUUCAACAGAAAUAGCACAUCGAUUCUUGAAUAAAAAGCAAACCGAUUCAGUCUUCAAAACCAAAUUCUUUUGGACUUCCCCCUCAGUUUCUUUCCUUAUCUUCAUAAUAUAAUAGAGUUCUUUCUAUACUACAUAAUUGUGAAGAACAUAAGCUUUCUGAGAAACAAACCAUGAUCGGAGAAGAAGAUACAACCAAAAUGGAGAGGAAAAUAGUGGGUGGUUUGGAUGGAGAAGCCACCACUGGAACUCAGAACAAAGUCAAUAAAUAUGCUUUGGCCUGUACUAUUGUUGCCUCCGUUAUAUCCAUCAUCUUUGGUUAUGAUACGGGUGUUAUGAGUGGAGCUAUGAUAUUCAUUAAAGAGGAAAUGAAAAUCAACGAGGUUCAAGUGGAAGUUUUAGCUGGAAUUUUGAACGUGUGCGCACUGGUGGGAUCGUUGAUGGCUGGAAGAACCUCCGACAUAAUGGGCCGCCGGUACACGAUUGUUUUAGCAUCGGUGAUCUUCAUGAUUGGCGCUACUCUGAUGGGGUACGGCCCAACUUACGCAAUCUUGAUGCUGGGGAGGUGUAUCACCGGCAUUGGAGUGGGUUUUGCGUUAAUGAUUGCCCCUGUAUACGCAGCAGAAAUUUCAUCUCCAUCAUCAAGAGGAUUGCUCACUUCAUUACCAGAGUUCUGCAUCAGCUUCGGCAUUUUAACGGGGUAUGUCUCAAAUUACGCCUUCGGAAAAAUGGGUGUGAAAAUCGGCUGGAGAAUGAUGCUUGGAGUUGCAGCAAUUCCUUCGCUCGUCUUAGCUCUCGGAGUUUUGAGAAUGCCGGAAUCUCCCCGGUGGUUAGUGUUGCAGGGUCGGUUGAAAGACGCCAAAGAAGUUCUAUCCAAAGUGUCGAAUACAGAGGAAGAAGCAUUGCUCCGAUUCAAAGACAUUAAACUCGCCGCUGGAAUCCCCGAGGAUUGUGAACAAGACGUAGUGAAAAUGCAUAGAAAAACUCACGGCGAGGGGGUUUGGAGAGAGCUAUUAUUGUCUCCAACCGUCGCCGUGCGUUGGAUUCUAGUGGCGGCGAUUGGCCUGCAUUUCUUCCAACACGCUAUGGGAAUUGAAGCAGUUAUAUUAUAUAGCCCUAGAAUUUUCAAGAAAGCCGGAGUCACAAGCAAGGACAAGCUCUUACUGGCGACCGUCGGCGUCGGAGUGAUCAAAACGUCGUUCAUCCUCGUCGCUACGUUCUUGCUUGACAAAAUCGGAAGAAGGCGGCUGCUAUUUAUAAGCAUAACGGGGAUGACAGUUGCGCUCUCUAUGUUAGGGUUUGCUUUAACAAUGGUGGAACAUUCAAAUGGGGAAUUGCUUUGGGCGUUGGUUCUGAGCAUAUGCUCUGUUUAUACGUACGUCGCCUUCUACUCGGCCGGAAUGGCGCCGAUUACUUGGGUGUACAGCACUGAAAUUUUUCCGUUGAAAUUGAGGGCACAAGGGGCGAGCAUUGGAAUUGCGGUGAACAGAUUGAUGAAUGCGACAAUUUCGAUGAGUUUCAUUUCGAUCUACGAAGCAAUUACGAUUGGUGGGGCUUUCUUCAUGUUCGCCGGAAUCUGUGUAGUAGCUCUGAUUUACUUCUAUUUCUUCUUGCCGGAGACGAAAGGGAAGUCGUUGGAAGAGAUAGAAAAGUUAUUCGGCAAAAAUGAAGAGCCCGUAUACAAUGAAGAUGGUAAAGCAAGAGACUACGUGUAGUUUUCAAGCCACACAAAGAAGAAAACGACAUGUAGGCAAUCUUCUUCGUGUACCGGUUCUUUGUAAUUUGAAAAUUGUAAUUUGAGCUAAAAUUCUCCAAUUAUCAUCACUUUUUUUAAUAAUGGGUUUUACCAUACGGAAAUAAAAUCUAGUACUACGUGAGUAUUAACUCCUUAUCAUAUAGGGGUGGUUUGUUUUGUUGUAAUAGAAUGUGUUUGGAAUGAUAUGUAAUCUAAAACUAUGUUUGAGUUGAG